ACUGUCUUCAACAUUAUCUUUUUCCAUAUGGCUCCUCUCCCUUUCAUACCGGAACAAACUCAUUCGCAAACGCGUUUAUCUUCAGACACAAAGAAGAAGAACAGAAACAAGAAAACGUCCCAACCGCCGCCUCAAACGCAAACGCUAAAGCAGAAGCAAAAGCAGAAGACGGUACCAACAUCGUCGUCAUGGAGCCAGAUAAAGAACCUUUUGAGUUGCAAACAAAUCGAAGGGCCACGAGUGCACGAACCAUCAAAGAUUACUUCAUCAUCUUGUGGCUCUUCUCUAUGUAAGUUUAGCGAUGUUGUUUACGGUAAUGCUCGCGUGAUUCACCGCUCGGAUCACUCCCCUGAGAGUAGUAAUCUUGGUCAAGAUGCCCGGUUGUUGACCCGAAAACCCGUCACUCGUGGAUCUUCUUCGUCGGUUAGAUCCAACGGUUGUGGCGCUUACACGUCGUAUUCAACUUCUAAAGCUAUGCACUUCAGAAACCUCUCAGGUUGCUAUGAGUGCCACAUGAUUGUUGAUCCAAGCAGAUAUCCAAUAGCACCAAGAAUAUGUGCAUGUCCACAGUGUGGGGAGGUUUUCCCUAAGCUUGAAACUUUGGAACUUCAUCAAGCAGUUCGUCACGCUGUGUCGGAGUUGGGGCCAGAGGAUUCAGGGAGAAACAUAAUAGACAUCAUCUUCAAAUCUAGCUGGUUACGUAAAGACAGUCCCAUCUACAAGAUCGAACGGAUAUUAAAAGUCCACAACACUCAACGCACGAUCCAACGGUUCGAAGAUUGUCGCGACGCAGUCAAGUCCCAUGCACAUGCCUCCACCAGAAAAGAGCCACGAUCGGCCGCCGACGGCAACGAGCUUCUCCGCUUCCACUGCACCACAGUUUCUUGCUCCCUCGGCUCGCGUGGCUCGACCUCUAUUUGCUCCGCCAUCCCUGGCUGCCGUGUUUGCACCAUUAUCCGCCAUGGUUUUCACGCCAAAACGGUACGUGUAGGUACCGGCGAAGGAAAAGAGGAGAUCAAGGGCGUGAGGACCACUGCAAGCAGUGGAAGAGCACACGACGCGUUGAGGUGUUUUGACCAGCGGAGGGCGAUGCUUGUUUGCCGCGUGAUCGCGGGAAGAGUGAGGCGCGUGCAGAGUGAUGUUCCCGAAGAUGAAAGUGGUUCUGGCUCGUAUGAUUCGGUUGCGGGGGCCGCUGGGGUCUACACAAGCCUCGACGACUUGGUUGUGUAUAAUCCAAAAGCUAUUCUUCCGUGCUUUGUGGUUAUCUACAAAGUCUCCGAGCCUUGAAAAGUAUUGCACUUUACACGAUUUGGAUUUGUAAGUUUGUUAAUUAGUGGAAUGUGUGAAGUAGUGGAUUGUAAUAUUUAGGAAAAAAGGUUAGCUUAUUAA